AAAUUUUAUUUUUCUAGUAAUCAGUUUGCUUUAAGGAAAGCCAAUCUUGAUUGUCAAAUGAGAAUAGAUAAGAACAAUAAGACAGAACUUUUCAGGAGACCAGCAAAUGUCAGGAGAAAAAGAGCUGACAAAGAAAGUUUAACAAAAACAGCCUCAGGUAUAACUGAUAAUUUAGUUAGUAUUAGUAAAAUGAUGGCUAGUCAGGUUAAACAAAGUGAAGACACAUUACAUAGUUUAGUAAAUUCAUCUAGUUCUGUUGGAGAUACAAAUGAAGAAUUGAAAAAUAUGGGAAAUGUUAUCCAUCAAUCAAGAAAGUUGCUGACUAAGUACAAUCGGCGAGAACUCACUGACAAAGUAUUGAUAUUUCUAGCAUUGGCUUUCUUUUUCGCAUGCGUCCUGUAUGUUCUUAAAAAGAGACUGUUUUAAAUUUAAAACAAUUCCAUAUUUAAUUAUUAAAUAUUUAUACAUAUAUAAUUGUUAAAUAAAAUUAUAUUUAAAUUGGGAAACUUUUAAGUGAAUAUUUAAAAUAUUAAUAUAUACAUAUAUAAUAAAAACUAAUAGAUUUGGGUGAAAUCUUUGUUUAUUUUAGAUAAAUAUAUAUUUACUUUUUCAGCAGUGUACUUUUCUCAUACAAAAUGUGCCAAGCUAUAUAAUUUUAAACAAAAUAUUU